UUGGCUGAGCGUGAACUCGGGUUUUUUUCUUCGCACAACUUAUCGUCUAAUUUGCGACUCUUACGAACUUUGAAUAAAAAAAAAUAGUAAUAAGAUCAACACCCGCAUACGAGCGCGCGCGAAAGUAUAAAUACUUUAUCCCGUGACAGUCAGACGCGCUUAUCGCAUCAUUCGAGGAGCAACGUACAUGUGAAGUAAUACUUUACAGCCAGUUGAUAAGCCGUUUGACCGGAGAAGAUCGUGUGCGCGUGUGCUUUCCACCCAGCUAUUCUUGCGAGAUAUUCGCCGGACUGCUCUCCGUUUUAGUUUCUCUUUGUUGCUCGCGAAAAGAAGAAGGAAGCAGUAGCAACACGGAGGAGAGAAUAUUUUUCCGCAAAGAUACAUCCUUGGUCAAGUACAGCGACUCCACGACGAGCAUCUAUAGGCGCGCUCGCCAUGUACCGAAUCGCUUUAUUGCUGCUGCUAAUCAGCUCGGCGCAGGCCCAGCCGGCUAAACAGGACAAGCUCCGCACGAUCUACGAGUGGAAAUAUUUAGAUUACGAGUGGCAGUCCAAGGAACAAAAAGAUUUUUACGUCAAGAAUGGAUUGUACGAUCCGAGAAACAUGACUCCGAUCGAUGUCGACUAUUGGAAUCCAUCCGAUUACAUUGCCAAGACGUUCGUGACGGUUAUCCGACAACCAGGUGUACCAGCGAGCGUUCACACCGUGAGCAAUGUGCGCGGAGACGGAGGUUAUCUGCUCAAGCCUUAUCCCGACUGGACCUGGUACGACAGAGGCAGCGGCUGCAACGGAAUUAUCAGCACCUACAGAGUGGCAAUCGACCGGUUCCAUCGCUUGUGGGUACUCGACACCGGCAAGAUCGGCAGGCAGAUAAUGUGCCCCGCCAAGCUACUCGUCUUCGAUCUGAUCACGGACAAAUUGAUCUCGAAAAUGGAGAUCCCGCUUAACGUGUCGUACGCCAAGAACGGCGAGGGUCUCCUCGUGACGCCGAUCGUCGAGACCUUCGGCCGCAGCCUGGACAACGUCACGGUCUACAUGGCCGACGUGCAGGGAUUCGGUAUGGUCGUCUUGGAUCCACAGUUCGGCUUCCAUCGUCUCGAGGCCGACGUUUUCGGGCCCGAGCAGAGCCUCUCCAACUUCGAGAUCGCCGACGAGCGAUUCGACCUGCCCGAUGGCGUGCUCGGCAUGGCGCUCGGACCCAGGCUCCCGGGCAAGGAGAGAAUACUGGCCUUCCGACCCUUGGCCUCGAGGUCCAUGUACGCGGCCCACACCCAGGUCCUGCUGAGAAGCCGAUACGGCGACACGAUCAAGUAUUAUCGAGGCUUCAACGUACUGCCCAGCCAAGCCUCGGCCAUGGCUUUCAGCGACGAUGGAAUUCUGUUUUAUGGUUUGACCGGGCAAACGGGCAUCGGUUGCUGGCACGCCAACGCGCCCAUGGAAGCCAAAUUCUUUGACAUUGCAUUGGUCGAUCGCGAGCGUCUGCAAUUCGUCAGCGGCAUGAAAGUCAUCAAUAAAUUGAAGAACGGAAAGAGGGACGCAACGAAGCAACGAGUCUACAUGAUGUCGAAUCGCCUGCAAAAGAUCUACAACGCCAAUAUGAAUUUCAACGAGGUCAACUUCCGUAUCACGAGCAUCGACGUUGACGAUCUCGCUAGAGGAACCAGUUGCGAAAAGUUCCAUUGAUUAUUAUCCGAUCUGAACAAUUUUUUCCGCCUGCCGUAUCCAAUUUUACAACUUUGUACUAUAAGAAAAAAAAUGUUAAUGAAGGAAGUGUUAAACGCGGGCCUGCAUCAUACGUAGAAAGUGGAUCAAUCGCUAAUACGAUGUAUGUAUCGUACCGUAUAGAUGGGUGGUAUACGCUUUUAUUGCCUCGAAUGAAAAUCAUUUAGCCUUAAAUCUCGAUAGCCGUUGCGAGGAGAGCGCGAGCCUGUAGAGCUCUCGUCUUAGUCAUGGAAAUUUUUAUACUUCUUUUCACUCAUUAUCAAUAAACGUUCAUUCGAUUUUAUUAGAUUAGUAUCUAAAAAUGAAAUUUUCACCGAACCUCCAUUUAUUUUUCCUAAUAAUAUACGCCAAC